AUGAUGCACCAGAGCCAGCACCCGACCCAGCCGCUGCCCACCACCGUGCGCUGGAUCCCGGACGCCGAGGUGAGCGUGUGCUACGGCUGCCAACUGCUCUUCGACUGGGUGCGCCGCAAGCACCACUGCCGCUACUGCGGCCACGUCUUCUGCGAGCUGUGCACGCCGCAGCGCAGCCUCAUCCGCGAGGACCAGAUCCUGACCAACCCGGAGCGCAAGUACCUGGCCGUGAACGCGCACAACCCACAGCGCGUGUGCGACGACUGCCACGCGCGCCUUGAGCCACAGCAGGAGGAGCUGCGCCUGACGAUGAGCAACGCCGUGCAGCACACGGAGGUGAAGGAGUCGGGCCCGCAGAGGUUCUUCAACAGCCCAUACUCCUUCACGCUGAGGGAGGAGAUCCGCAAGGCCACGUACAGCGUCAAGAACUUCACUUUCCAAGGGGUUGUCAAGGACCAGUCCAUCCCGCUGCCGCUGCUAACCCACGCCAGGGGCAUCGCGUUCCUGACCGUCAUCAAGAUGGGUUUCGUGUUCACGGGGCGCAUGGGGACGGGGCUUGUAGUUGCGAGGCUGCCGGACGGGAGGUGGUCGGCGCCCUCGGCUAUUGGAACUGCUGGCGUGGGCUGGGGACCGCAGAUAGGAGGAGAGAUCACGGAUUUCGUGAUCAUCCUCAACACGCAGCGUGCUGUUGAGGCCUUCUGCGCGUCUGGGCAGGUGAAUCUCGGUGCUGAGUUGGGGAUCUCUGCUGGACCUGUCGGUCGUGUUGCCUCUGGAGCGCUGGAGGCGAGCGCCUCCAUGGAUGUUGCGCCUUGCUACUCGUACUCACACUCCAAGGGGCUGUACGCGGGCAUCUCUCUUGAGGGUUCUGUGAUCCUGUCGAGGUCAGAUAUCAACCGCUCCUUCUACGGCAAAGCUGUGACUGUGGCUGAGCUACUUGGAGGUGUGGAGCCCCCACCAGUGGCCGCUGCACCGCUGUACGAUGCUAUUCGGUCGGCGAUGGAAAGUCCAGCGAAUGGCGCAAACCGCGUUGUUCGCAGUUCGUCGAAUCCAGCCCAGCAAUACCAGCCCACCGUACCAGCAGCGGCUGCGAGUCCCGCUACACUUCCUGCUCCAGUGGCUCCGAUUCCUAUUGGCUCGUCCGCACCUGCGGGUAGCUCUUUGUUCACCAAUGCUCCCGUGAAGCUGUAAGCGACGAGCAAUAUGUGAGGGUCACAAGGUAGACCAGAUUUGAUUUUCACGACGUCCAUGGAACGGGUUCACUUGGAUGGCGUCGUGUUCGAUGCCAACACUUGAAUUCAGCUUUUUAAAUUACUCAUGGAGUUUGCAGCGAGCCCGCUCCGAUAUGAAAACCUAGCGUGUCUUGUGUACUUCUGUAGUGCUUUCAACGGCAUCUCCAACUUCUGCUGAUCAGUUCAUCGCGGCCUCUAGCGCCGAGAAGAACUGUUCCUGCAUUUGCCGAGCCUCGCGGGCCUUCUCAGCCUGUUCAUGC